CUCCCGCAAACUUUGGCUUCGUGUGUGUAACUUCCCUUCGACUGCCAUGUUCGCUUAGAUAACCCGUUACAACGAUCUGCAAGCCCUCGCCAGCCUCGGCCGAAGCUUGCGUCAUUUUGUGAAUGAGGCUAAACUGCUGCGUGCUGGGCAUUUACCCGCAUCUGCGUCCGCUACUAUGUCGGCUCGGUCAUACCCAGGAUUCAAGGCUGCACGAAGCGGACGGUCUGUUUGAGCCUCCGGCCCAUCAACGCAGGGGGCAGCAGGCACGAAGACAAGGGUUGAAUAUAGAUACAGUUUUAAGAUUAGUCGAGCCACUUAUCUCCGACAUUUUUGAAUAUGGGCAUCGGCGUAUAUAACAUUGAACAGACACUCAGUUGGUUCACCUUACUGCUUCUCCAGAACCUCGUCGCAUUUCGAUCUCUGUAAGCCGGAUCAUUCACACCUGCUCAUUGGCAACUUUCUCCCAGGACCUUUUGGAAAGAAAAUCACGUGGAUCGCCUGUUAUCAGCCUUGCCCCUGCAGAUCGAGCCUCGAUCCAAUUAUCGAAACCACCUUCUCCGUCCAUUCGAAGGGCUCAGGAUGUCUUCCUCUCCGGCACCGACCACCAACGACCUGCUCCAAGAAGCGCCACCUCCACCGAAAAUCGGGGUUGUCAUUUGCUCACAACGGCAGCCACGGAUUGGGAACCAAAUCGGCACCUUCAUCUUCGACAACCUCAAACAGUAUCAACAGGCCAGUCAACAACGCACAGCACCAAACUCUCAACCUUAUGAGCUCUCUCUCAUCGACUUGGCCGACCACCCGCUCCCGUUCUUCAAUGAGCCUGGCAUCCCGCAGCGCAUUACUAACCCCUUGGAUUACACCCACGAACACACCCGUGCCUGGUCCCAACUGAUCACAUCAUACAAUGCGUUCGUCUUCGUGACACCCCAAUACAACUGGGGCUACCCCGCCAAUCUCAAGAACGCCAUCGACUACCUCUUCAACGAAUGGGUAGGCAAGCCGGCCAUGGUCGUGUCAUACGGCGGGCACGGAGGCAAUCAUUGCGCCGAGCAACUGAAACAAGUUCUCAACGGUGUCCGAAUGAGGGUCGUGCAGAAAAGUGUCGGAUUGACCUUUCCGGGGCCGGGCAGGGAGUUUCUUGUCAGGGCGGCCAAGGGGGAGGACUUAGGGUUGGCCAAGGCUGACGGAUUGUGGGCUCAGGAGGUCGAGGAGGUGAAGGGGAUCUUUGGCGAAUUGAUCAAGCUGUUACAUGAGAAAUGAAGCCUAAAGCGGCUCAAGAAGUCUGGGCCACCUUGCGCCACGUGUGCUCUACAGCAACCUGAGUCGUGUUUUGCACAAUGUCUCGACAGGCUGCAUGGACUGGGCGAUCGGACGUUCAAUGUCCA